AUGACGGCACUCCUUAUCCCAGCUUUAUUUCUUUCUUUAAGCUUAAUGAGUCUUCUUCCGCCUUUGGGGGAAGCGGUUUGGUUAAAUCUUCCUCCUUCAACAACCAAGUGCGUUUCAGAAGAAAUCCAAAAUAACAUCGUUGUCUUGGGUGAUUAUAAUGUCGUCGCCAACAACCGAUCCUACGACCUCCCCGGCAUCAAUGCCAAGGUGACAUCUCCAUAUGGAAACUCUAUCUAUGCAGAGGAAAAUGUCACUGAAGGCCGGUUUGGAUUCACAACAACCGAUUCUGGGAAGUACUUGGUUUGUUUUUGGAUGCAUAACUAUCAUGAAGUGGUAGGAGCAAGCAUUAACCUUGAUUGGAAGAUUGGAAUUGCUGCAAAGGACUGGGAAUCUGUUGCAAGAGAUGAAAAGAUCGAGGGUGUUGCGCUAGAGCUGAGGAGACAUGAAGCAAUAGCCAAGUCCAUUCAUGCAACUAUGGUCCGUCUCAGAAGCAGGGAAUUGGUAAUGAGGAAGGUAAGUGAAACAACCAAUGACAGAGUAUCAACGUACAGUAUCAUGUCCUUGAUGAUCUGCGUAGUCGUUUCAUCUUUGCAACUAUGGAAUUUGAAAUGCUACUUCCGAAAGAAGAAGAUUAUUUAG